ACCAUAGCCACAAACUUCUGCAACCAAGACAUGAGAAAAAAAAAGAGGAAUGAAGACACACACGCCUAAAGAAGAGACUGCAGGAGAGAAAAAUAGAGUGCAAAGAAAGGAAGACAAAAAAAGAAAGUGACCAAGAGAGAAAGAGGAAAACAUAAAUCGCGCAGCGAAGACAGAUACAGAUAGAGAGAUAAAAGCCUAGAUUUUUUUAGAGAGAGAGAGAGAGAGAGAAGAAGCAGGAAAAGACACAGCAGACAGCUGUCGGGCUGGUGAAUGAUGGAAGGAGAUGUCAGAAAGAAAGGGAUGCUCUAUCACCAGCAGCAGCGCUUUGGAAAGAAAUGGAAGAAGGUGUGGGCCGAAGCUUUAGCUGACAGUAUGCACAGCAUCUCCUGUCUGGAGCUCUUCGAGUUCAGCAAGUCGUCGAUGAAGGAGAGUAAAAAACGUUCCGAGGGGAAGAAGGUGAUCUUGAUGAGGGAUUGUGUGAAAAUAAGAGAGCGAGAGGUUGAGGGAUGUCCAAAACAAUGCAGCACCUUCCUGCUCGAGACCACAGACAAGACGCACAUCUUCGCUUCUCCAACCUCGGAGCUGCACAGCUGGAUCUCAGAGCUGUGCAGGCUGGCAUUUCCUUUGAAUCAGGCUGAAUGUAGAUCACAGAAACAGGAUCAUCAUGAAGCUCUAGACAUGCAGGAGAACACACUGUAUGACACCACCCCCUGUGUGCGGGAUUUCCUGGUAAUUGCCGUGGCUACAGAGGCAGCACUGCGGUGUAAGCUGUACGGAGAAUACAUUCUCACACCACAGUCUGACUCUUUACUCCUUAAGGACCACCAAACAAAGCAGGUUCUGCUUACAUGGCCGUACCGAUUCGUCAGGAAAUUUGGUCAAGACAUGCUGGCUUUUAACUUUGAAGCAGGUCGCAGAUGUGUGUCCGGCGAAGGCUACUUUGAAUUCGCCACGAAUCACAGUGAACAGCUCUUUGCAAUCAUCAGUGAUGCUCUCAAGAAAUUCCAAAAAGUGGAACCUUCUGGAACGAGACCCAAAGAACAGCAGAUCCCCAACAAUUCCCAGCAAACCAACACGCCUCCAUCACAAGUGAAGCACACGAAAAAAAAACUGACCACGAGCUUUUCGAUGAGCUCCAUCAGCUUGAGUGAAUGUGCCAGAAAAGAGAACAUCUGCAGCACUCCUUCUCUCCCGAGUAAUGACCGAGAUCCAGUUUAUGCCAUGAUUACCAAACCAAAAUUACAUUCCAAGAACCAACAAUUUGACCCACUUCCUGAGGACAUUUUCGGUGUCCUGGGUGAAAAAGAAGAAGAAGAAGAAGCAGAAGAAGAUGAUCAGAAGAACCCAGAGCAAUUAGCCAUCCACAGUAAAUUUAAAGGCUUUAAAUCUGAACCAGUUUACUCAGAAGUGGACAUGCAUGAUGAUUACAGGAGCACGGAUGAGGCUGUUGAGUACAAACCACAUUCGCUGACCUCGGACCUCGAAGAAUCUCAAGCCGUCGGUUUUCUAAAGGUUUCUAAUGACAUAUCCUACGUGAUGGAUGAAGAAAAGGAGCUGGAUCUGCCUCUGGAGCAAUUAUCCAUCCAUAACACACCUGAUGUCUACGAGUCUGAAAGCGUUUACUCGCAAGUACCGGACUAUUAUAAUGAUUAUGACGACAACGGAGAGUCUGUGGACGUUGUAGAAGAUCUAGAAUAUUUCUACCCACCCUGUAUACCUGAUACAUAUCCCUCCAACUUUGAGGACUGUCAUGAUGAGGGAUUUUGCACCUAUGAUAAUUUACCCAAAAAGCUAUAAUUUAUUCCUUGUUUUGUGUUGGUGCUUACAAAAUUUCUAGAUGUAUAAAACGCAUUUUUUAGUAUGUAUACAGACAUGUGAUAAAACGUCCCAAGUCCUUGUUAUUGUCUGGACAGGCCUGAUAAUCAUCUCCAGAUCUUUAAUGAUUGGCUUUAUGUUCACACCCUCGCUGAUAACCUGGAGUGUUAAUGGUGGGAUUAUUGAUGAUUGCUCCAAAAUUAUGAUCCUUUAUUCCAGAUCUGUUGAAUGACUUGGUAUUGAAGUGGACUAAUGAUUGACUACAGAACUGAGCAUUGAUUACAGAAUUGUUAUAAUCACUUCGUAAACCCUAAUGACGCGCCCGGGAGUGCUGAUCGUUGGUAUCAUCAAUUACAGAGCGCUCCAGAUAAUCAGGAUCUGUAACGAGUUUCGGCGCUUAUUUCCAGAUCCGUACUGAUUGACACCAGAAACCCGACCAUUCAAAAUUGAUCAUCAAAAACCGAAGGGCUGAGGAUCCGAAUCGGAAUUGUUGAACGACAUCUCCAGAUCCAUGAUGAUUGGAUUUUAGAGUGUUUUUUAUUUGCUGGAUAGAUACUUGAGCAGAAAACAGACACAUUAUUCAUACAAUCAUUCCCUCCAGCAUUUUAUGGAUUUUUGUUUUAUUUAUUUAUUUUUUAUUUUUUUUGCAACCUAAAAAGCUUCAAAAUUUGUGCUUUGUUCUGCAGAAAACUAUUUAAAUUGUAACUACAUGGUGUCUUCUUUUAAAACUCCUACCAGUGAAGACAUAUAAUUAUGCAGUAUGAAUAUGAACUAUUGCAGUUUGCUUGAUUUUUUUUUAAUCUUAUUUGAUCAGAAAGUCAGAGAACCCUGGAGGGAUUAGUAGAAGCUUGAGUGCAAAUCUAUGUGCAACAAUUUCAAAACAAUUUGGAAAUGUUCUCCUAUUUGUAUAUGAUUAUUCAUCACCGAUACUUACUACUCAACGUGAACGCAUACAACCCAUGAAACUCACUGUUUCAUCGUUAUCUUAUUCCAUGUGAUGAGCUAUUUUUCAGGUCAUUUGUUCAAUUUAAAAACAAUAAAAUAUAAUUUUAUUGAAUUUGGAUGUUUUUUUUUUUAACAAGUUACUUUCAUAAGAUCUCCGUGUGCUUUCUAGGGCACCCUGUAGAGGGCAAUAUCUCUCUCCUGAUUUAUUACAGAGCAAUAAGUUCUGAAGUAAUUCAGGACACUGAAUGGUGCAUUUAGGGACUAAAUUACCACAGAAUGAUGCAUUAGACACGAUUCAGCAGAGACACAGACCACACAAAGAGGCUGUUAUUUUUCUGACUCGCCCACAAAUGGCUCUUUCCUGUAGUAAUAAAAAUAUAUAAAAGCCUU